AUGAAUUUUUUAUCUAUUAACGCUUGUGGUAUUGGGGGGGCUGGUAAAGCCGGCUGGAUCAAGGGUCUUAAACAGGAACACGACAUCGAUUUUUUGAUGAUUCAAGAAACUAAAAAAGAGGAUAUUUCUAGAGUUGGUAUUUCUAAUUUUUGGGGAAAUAAGGAUUUUGAUAUGGAAUUUGUUAGUUCGAUUGGCAUGUCAGGAGGGUUAUUGUGUAUUUGGGAUCCGGUUUUGUUCGAAGCUUCUUCUUUUGUUAAGAAAACCAAUUUUUUGAUUGUGUCGGGUAAAAUCAAGGGGAGCGAGUUGAUUCUAAACGUAGUUAAUGUGGAUGCCCCUCAGUCAGUGGCAGCAAAAAAGGAUGUGUGGUUUGAGUUAUCGAAUUGUCUGGAAGAUCUCCCUGGCAUGUGGGUAGUGGGUGGUGAUUUCAAUGCGGUCAGGGACCCUAAUGAGAGGAAAAAUUCCAAAUUUAAUAAUUCUUGUGCGGCUAAUUUUAAUAGUUUUAUCUUCAAUUCGAGGCUCCGCGAAUAUGACUUGAAAGGCUGUAGAUUCACUUGUGUUAGAGGAAAUGGAAGAAAAUUAAGAAAAAUCGACAGAUUCCUGGUUUGCUCAGAUUUUUUUAAUCGAUGGCCGGAUGCUACUUUCAGGGCCCUUCCGGUUAGUUUCUCGGAUCAUGGUCCUAUUUUACUCAUCUCCCAAAUGAAGAAUUUCGGAGCUAAGCCUUUUAGAGUAUUUAAUUCAUGGUUGGAAAAAGAAGGAUUUAAGGAGUUGGUGGAAAAAUCUUUGGAUUGUUUUAACAUCUCGGGUCCGCCUGAUUUUGUUUUAAUUCAAAAAUUCGCGGCUAUUAGAAAAGGGAUAAAGGAGUGGAGAGACGAAGUAAAAAAGAAAGAAGGGGAGAUUUCUAGUAGAGCGUUGGAAGAAUUGGAGGAUUUGGAGAAGUGUAUGGAGUUUAGAUCCUUAUCGGAGGAGGAAGAGUGGGCAUUCUUGGAAAAUAAAAAAGUUCUGUUUGAAUUUGAGAGAAAUAAAGCUUCGGAUUUGAAGCAGCGUGCUAGAUUGAAGUGGGCUCUUGACGGAGAUGAAAACUCUAAGUUUUUUCAUGCUCUGGUCAAUGUUCGUAAAGUGGUUAAUGGUAUUGCGGGUCUUAUCUUGGAAUCGGGUUGGGUCAAUAAGCCUUCGUUGAUCAAGUUCGAAGUCAUGAAAUUUUUUAGAUCCAGAUUUACGGAAGAGGUUUCCAAUACGCCGGUUUGGAUUGUCAAGGUAUUAAGCAAUUAUCCGAUUUGGAUAAAUCUAGUCCUAUCAGGUCGUUUACCCUAA